AUGAUCGGGAUCACCUGCCACGAGCAAUGGGACACUGCUGGCCAGGAGCGUUUCCGUACCAUCACAUCGUCUUACUACCGUGGUGCCCACGGUAUCUGUGUUGUGUACGAUGUGACCGACAUGGACUCUUUCAACAACGUUAAGCAGUGGCUGCAAGAGAUUGAUCGAUACGCCACCGAGGGUGUCAACAAGCUGCUUGUCGGCAACAAGAGCGAUAUGGAGGACAAGAAGGUCGUGGAGUACACUGUUGCGAAGGAGUUCGCUGACAGCCUGGGAAUUCCCUUCCUCGAGACCUCUGCCAAGAACGCCUCCAACGUUGAGCAGGCUUUCUUGACAAUGGCCCGACAGAUCAAGGAGCGCAUGGGAACAGCCACCGUCAACAACAAGCCUACUGUGCAAGUUGGCCAAGGCCAGGGCGUCCAGUCCGGAUCCGCUGGCGGCUGCUGCUAG